AUGGGUGCCGACGCAGCAGGGCGGCUGGAUGCCUGGUUGCACCCGCAGGCGCCCGGCGGAGCGCUGCCCGACCCAGUCGGAACUGCCAUCCCCGUCUUCUUCCCCGUCAUCCUCCUGGAGGUCCUGUGCUCGUGGCACCGUGCCAGGCGGCCUGGCAGCAGCGCGCCACAGCUGUACAGCCUUCGCCAAACCAUCAGCAACCUGUCCGCCGGCGUGCUUAUGAUCCUCUUCACCAUCUUCCUCAAGGGCUUGCACGUCCUGCCCUACCUGUGGCUGGCCGAGCAUGCGGGCCGGCUGCCGCGGGCGGCACGCCACGACAGCUGGUGGCUCGACGCAGCGGCCCUGCUGGCCUGCGACGUCUGCUUCUACCUCCAGCACCGCUUCAUGCAUGCCACCAACCUGGGCUGGUCGGCCCACGUGGUCCACCACAGCAGCCCCGACUUCAACCUCAGCACCGCGCUGCGCCAGGGCGCGGGGGAGGGCACGUUCUCCUGGCUGUUCUACCUGCCACUGGCGCUGUUCUGCCCGCCAGAGGUGUAUGCGCUUCACCGCGGCCUCAACACAGUCUACCAGUUCUUCACCCACACCCAGCUGGUUGGGCGCCUGUGGUGGCCGCUGGAGCUGGUCCUCAACACCCCCAGCCACCACCGGGUGCAUCAUGCGCGAAACUACCCCCGCAGCAACUUUGCUGGCAUGCUGAUUGUAUGGGACCGCCUCUUUGGCACGUUUGAACCUGAGCAGCCUAGCGUGGCGUGCCUGUAUGGCCUGGACGCGCAGGUAAGGACAGGACUGCGCUUAGAGGGUCGAGUUUUGUUUUAA